GCGCGGCUUGUUGUUAUUUGGCGGGAGAAAAGGGAGCAGAGUCAGGCCGCCUGCUGUCAAAACACACUUUAACUUUUAAUAAACUCAUAACGCGAUGAGCCUGUGGGUGGACAAAUAUCGACCGACGUCGCUCGGCAAGCUGGACUUUCAUAAAGAGCAAGCAGCGCAGCUGAAGAACCUGGUUCAAUGUGGAGACUUCCCUCACUUGCUGGUGUACGGGCCCUCCGGUGCCGGGAAAAAGACCCGCAUCAUGUGUCUGCUGAGGGAACUGUACGGAGCCGGCGUGGAGAAGCUCCGCAUUGAGCAUCAAACCGUUGUGGCUCCAUCGAAGAAGAAAAUUGAGAUCAACACAAUAGCCAGCAAUUACCACUUGGAAGUCAACCCAAGCGAUGCAGGAAACCAAGACCGAGUGGUGGUUCAGGAGCUGAUCAAAACCGUUGCUCAGUCCCAGCAAAUCCAGUCCAGCACUCAAAGAGAGUUUAAAGUGGUGUUGCUUACAGACGUGGACAGACUCACGAAGGAUGCCCAGCAUGCUUUGCGUCGAACAAUGGAAAAAUACAUGGCCACCUGCCGUCUCAUCCUCUGCUCCACCUCCACUUCCAAAGUCAUCGGACCCAUUCGGAGCCGUUGUCUGGCCGUCAGAGUUCCUCUGCCGAGCUCAGAGGAGGUCUGUGGCGUACUCGCGUCAGUCUGUAAAAAGGAGGGUCUUCUGCUCCCGCCAGAGCUCGCCAAGCGAAUCAGCGAGAAAUCCGGUCGCAACCUACGGAAAGCUCUCCUAAUGUGUGAAGCCUGCAGAGUGCAGCAAUAUCCGUUCUCUGCGGACCAGGACAUUCCUGAGACGGACUGGGAGGUUUAUCUCAGGGAAACGGCCAAUGCCAUCGUCAGCCAGCAGAGCCCUCAGAGGUUGCUGGAGGUCCGAGCCAGACUCUACGAGCUGCUGACUCACUGCAUCCCUCCCGAUAUCAUCAUGAAGGGUCUGGUCAAAGAAUUGUUGAGCAACUGCGACGGCCAGCUAAAGACGGAGGUGGCCCACAUGGCCGCUUACUAUGAACACAGACUGCAGCUGGGGAACAAAGCCAUCUACCACCUGGAGGCUUUCACUGCCAAGUUCAUGGCCAUCUACAAGAAGUUCAUGGAGGACGGUCUGGAUGCCAUGAUGUUUUGAGAGAGAGCAACUUUACUUUUUUCCCCCCAUGAGUCUCUAUUUUUGUCCCAACAAAACCUCCAGUACUCUGCAGAAAACACUCAUGAAUUUUUUUUUUUGUAUAAACCGUAUUUGAUUUUUUUUAUGUCCAAACCUUCAGCAGUACACACAAGUUUGAACUGUAGCUUUAAUAAAGUCAAAUGUGUGAUCUAAAUACCAAACAACAGUGUGUAUUGGAAAGAUUUCCGAGCUUGGAGAUAUCUUCCAGAUGGUGGUUAGAAUAAA